CCGCAAUAAAAGCUUCAAAACCCUGAGAAAUCAUCUUAUAAAUAGCCACUUACUUCUUUUUGCUUCAAAACCCUAGUUGCUCUCCAUUGUAGCCGCGUGCAAGCAGGAACAUUCAUCUUCUUCCUUUGAGAUUUUUGUGUUUUUCGUUACAAAACUCAAUUAACAAUGUCGGUCGGAGAACUCGCUUGCACUUACGCCGCUCUUAUCCUCCACGACGACGAAGUCGCCGUCACUUCUGAGAAGAUUGCCACUCUUGUUAAAGCAGCUGGCAUUGAUUGCGAGUCUUUCUGGCCAAAUUUGUUUGCCAAGCUAGUUGAGAAGAGGAGCAUUGAGGAUCUCAUCAUGAAUGUAGGUGCUGGUGGAGGUGCUGCCCCUGCUGCUGCCGUUGCAGGUGGUGCUGCAGCUGCCCCUGCUGCUGAAGAGAAGAAGGAAGAGAAGAAGGAGGAACCCAAGGAAGAGAGUGAUGAUGACAUGGGAUUCAGCUUGUUCGACUAAGCUGCAAGGCACCUGUCUUUUUCGUUGUCGUAGUUAAUUAGUAUGAUGACAUUAGUUACAAUUUUCAAGAGAUCUAUGUUAAUUUUCUUUUUGUGUACGUUGGGAGAUCAGACAUGUUGAGAUUUUGCUAUUGUUACUAUUAUGUGGAGUCAUCUACUCUUUUGAAUACAAAGUAAUCUAGUGAUUUUUGGCCCUUCCAUAAUAUGGUGGCUUCCUUAUGUUAGGGUAA